AUGGCACAGCCAUCAAUAGCUCCGAGCUUCUCUGUGCCCGAGAACACUGAAGAAACCUUGGUCCGCGCCUAUAUCGACAAUACCCUCGCGGCUUUACUCCACGAACUUUCGCUACCACGGUCAGAAGGACAACCAUCGGUCACGCUGCGACGGAGAACAAGCUCAGCAAGAUACACAAUUAACCAGCAAAAUGGAGCACUGGAAGUAGUGCAGCCGGUGGUGUCAUACCGGACCUAUUCCUGGCCAGGGAACUCAGCGUUUGAAGCGUGGAGGUUCACGGUUACCAUUCGAAUCCUUUCAGUGAUUGACGAGGCCAUACGGGUGGGACGAUUAAUUUCGAAGAGAGAUAUAUACUAUAUCGAUCCCGCAUACUUUAGGUCGCAGCAUGUCGUGGAUAGCAUAGUAGAUGACCUUGCAUACACAAUUGGAGUGGAUCGAACGGCUUUGAAUGUUGAGGCAGCAGGGAAAGGACUAGUCACUGGGUCAUUUAUUUUGAGGCGGGAUUCACAGAUCGUGCUAGACGCAAGGUCUUCCUCUCAGGAUACUUUGAUUCCCCGAAUCCAGGAAAACGACGAACUUGAUAUCUCUGGCACUCGCUGGGUGCUCAUUAUUGAGAAAGAAGCAGUGUUCCACCGACUUGCAAGAGAUAAUUAUCACAUCACAGCUCUUGCUGGUCAAGGCAUUCUCAUCACUGGAAAAGGAUACCCGGAUAUUUGCACGCGUGCAUUCAUUCGACAGAUCUUCGAUUUCGCAUCCAACGGCAAUAGGCGACCCCUACCCAUUUAUGCACUUGUUGAUGGAGAUCCAGAUGGUAUAGCGAUCAUGUCGACGUACAAGUACGGGUCCAUGGCGCACCUUCAUGAGAAUGCACGACUUACUGUGCCCGGAUUGAAGUAUCUUGGAAUUCGGCUAUCAGACGCAGUCCUUGACUCAGAUGUUUCAGACAGCGUCCUUCUUUCUUUGACGGCCAGGGACCGCAGGAAGAUCAACUCCAUGCUUCGCAAUAGUCCAGUCUGGGCUGAUGACGGGCCAGAACCGGAAUGGCGGCUUGAGUUGCAGCGAAUGUUGAUGUUGAAUGUGAAAGUGGAGAUCGAGACGAUCUAUGAGCAUGACGGUGGUCUAGAAGGAUGGAUUAAUCGAAAGAUGUUCCGGCAGGCAUAG